UCGCGCCGAGCGCGGGACCCCACAGCCUGCGGGAUGGAGGCGGGCGGCGUGACCGACUCGCUCCUGUCCGCAGCUUGCGUGUUCUUCACCCUCUGCAUGUUCUCCACCGGCCUCUCGGACAUCAGGCACAUGUGGAUCACCCGGAGCGUGGACAGUGUCCAAUUCCUGCCCUUUCUCACCACGGAUGUCAACACCCUGAGCUGGCUGAGUUAUGGAGCCUUAAUAGGAGAUGGGACCAUAAUCGUCGUCAAUGCCGUGGGCACGGUGCUGCAGACCCUCUGUGUCUUGGUGUAUCUGCACUACUGCCCUCAGAAGCGUGUAGUGCUCCCUCAGACUGCAGCCACACUGAUGGUCUUUCUCCUGGCUUUUGGCUACUUUUGGUUCCUGGUGCCGGAGGAGGACCAGCUUCAGCAGCUGGGCCUCUUUUGCUGUAUCCUCACCAUCUGUAUGUACCUCUCACCAAUGGCUGAUUUGGUCAAGAUCAUUCAGACUAAAUCAACCCAACGCCUCUCCUUCUCACUCACCAUUGCCUCUCUCUUCUCCUCUGCCUGCUGGACCCUCUAUGGGUUUCAACACAGAGACCCCUACAUCAUGGUGCCCAACCUUCCAGGAGUGCUCACAAGCUACAUUCGACUCUGGCUUUUCUGGAAGUACCCCAAGGAGAAAGACAGGAACUAUCAGCUCCUGCAAACCUGAGGGAGUUCACCUGACCACAGGGCACCUUAAUGCCAACCUUUUACCAAAGAGUUCCUCACUUCAGCUGUCCCUGCUGACUAGCUCCAUGUGUGUUUCAAGAGACAACUUUGAGAACUGAGGGACCAAAGAGAUUUAUUUAGAAGAUUGGGUGGGAACUAAAAGAUGAAUCACUUUAAUUUUUUAGAGAUUAUAUUUUUUACUUUUGGAGGUUGGGGUGAACUCUUUAGAAUGUGCCUUAAAAAUAAAAUGUUCCGUUACCCCUGCGCAUCAAGGCUCAUUUUCUGUUCAGUGAUUCUUAACAUGUCCUGUUUUGUGAAAGGCAGACCGGCACUGCCCCAUCCAGUUAUUAUUGGGCUGGCACAGUUGGCUCAGAAAAGGUAUCAGAAAGAACCCAGAGGUUGGAAAGACCGAAGACCUUAAAAAGAGCAAGGCUUGGAUGUUGUGAUGAAUGAUAGUCAGGCUUCAGUUAGUACUUCACCGCAGGGUUAAAAGGACCAAGGCAAUGAUAUGACAGUUGCAUCCUGGGAGAUUUUGAGGGGGAUCUUUGCCUCCUUUGGAGCCAAAAGGAGGAACACCAACAGCAUGCAAAAAGAAAAGAUGUCCUCAGAAAAGUGGUUCUCGACACCCGGCACAGAGAAC